AUGGCACCUGUUGAUUCCGGAUCUCUUGUGCUGGUGACUGGUGGCAACGGCUUUAUCGCCGCCCACUGCAUCGCUACCCUCCUUCGCUCCGGUUACCAAGUCCGAGCGACCGUUCGAUCAAACGAAAAAGGUGAUUCAACACGAAAGUCACUCAGUGCUGCCGGUGUCGGUGCGCGCGAUCUUGGAGGCUUGGAAUUUGUCGUUGUCCCUGAUCCGACCGACCUUCAACGUCUAUCGUCUGCCUUGCAGGAUUGCCAAGCUGUACUACAUUUAGCAUCGGCUUUCAACUACGAUGCAGUGCCAGCAGAAUUCGAAGAAAAGCUGAUGAUUCCUGCACUUAAGGGUACACAAGUUGUCUGUGAAGCAGCCGCACAACGGUCAACUGUACGACGAGUCGUGAUCAUGUCAAGCUUUGCCAGCGUUUAUGAUGCCAGUCUCGGACUUCAGCCCGGCCGUGUAUACACUGAAGAGGAUUGGUGUCCGUUGACCUACGAGGACGGUGUGAAUGCAACUGCUGUUCCUGUCGCUUAUCGUGCGUCGAAAGUUGUCGCCGAGCGAGCGGCCUGGGACUAUGUUCGUGAUCACCAAGUGAACUACCAACUUGUCACACUCUGCCCUGGGAUGGUAUUCGGAAAGAUGAUUCACCCAAUUUCAUCUUUAUCCCAGCUGAAUGCUAGCAAUCAAAUUGCAGAGACGGCGAAAUCCCCCCCUACUAAGGCGCCUGUAUGGGUUGAUGUCGAGGACCUGGCAGAAGCCAGUAUGAAAGUUUUGAGCUACCCAGCAACUGGUCAUGACCGUUUCUUGGUCACACAGGCAUCGUACGACACCCAAGAGAUUGCUGAUGUCGUUCGUGCACAGCUUCCAGAUAGACAUCUAGCCCCACUUGGUGAGCCAGGAAGUCGCCUCGCUCACACACAUUAUUCUUGUGAUUCUUCAAAGGCACAGAGGAUGUUGGGACUCAAAUUUAAAGGGCUGAAAGAGUCAAUUAUUCCUUUGGCUGAGCAGCUCUAUGACAUGGCAAAGCUUUGA